AUGAAUAAUAUCAGAAGUUACAUAAUAGGACAUGAAAUUUUGAAAAGAACACUUUCAAGUGUUUCCGGGAAUGUGAAAAUCGUUGAGCAGAAGGUGAGGGUGGGUGGAUACGACAUAAAUUAUGUUGGAUCGUCGAUUGAUAGUGGAAUAACGAAUAAAACCAUUGUUUGUCUUCCUGGUGCUUUAGGAUCUGCGUUUACAGAUUUUAAGCCACAAAUUGAAAAUCUUCCUAAAUUGUUACCGAAUUUCAAUAUAAUUGCUUGGGAUCCUCCAGGAUAUGGAAAAUCUAUUCCACCAUCACGUCAAUUUCCUCUUAACUUUCUUGAAAAAGAUGCUGACAUGUUAAAGGAUUUGAUGGAAGUUUUGAAGAUUCCAAAUUACAAUAUUUUGGGAUGGUCAGAUGGUGGAAUCACUGCAAUGAUUUUUGCUGCCAAAUAUCCAUCGAAAGUUGAAAAGCUUGCGAUCUUUGGAUCAAAUGCUUAUUUGAUUGCAGAUGAAAUAAAAAUGUUUGAAAGCAUACGUGACAUUAGUAAAUGGAGUGCAAAAAUGAGAGAUCCACUCGAGAAACUUUAUGGCGCUGAAUAUUUCAAGACCAACUGGGAGAAAUGGAUUGACACGUUUAAAGAAAUUUACGAGAAGAAUAAUGGCGACAUUUGUAAAAAGUUUGUGAAUCAAAUUAAAGCUGAGACUUUAAUUCUUCAUGGAGAAAAAGACCCGAUGGUUGCUAAAGAACAUAUUCCAUAUUUGUUGACGAAUAUUCCUGGAUCGAAGAUUGUAACAUGGCCGGAAGGUAAACAUAACAUUCACCUUCGAUAUGCUGUCGAGUUUAAUGAAAAAGUUGCUGAAUUCUUUAAGAAAUAA